AGAUUUUAUUAUAAGAAAGAGAUAAAAAUUAUUAGUUUUAGGAUUAAAGAAUGAUGUAGAAAAUAAAGUAGUAUAUAUAAAAAGGUUUAAUAUAAUAGUUUGAAAAGUUGGUUUGUAUUAGAUGGGACACAUUUUGAAAAGUGAAAAUUUGGAAGCGAGGAAUAAAACACAGAAUAGUCCAUAAAAUGAUGAUAUUUUGUGGAAUCAUGUAUGUAGCGUUUAUUAAUUUAUUCAAUGUUUAUAAAUCCUGUGAAUGGUAUGUUCUUUUGCUUCCCUUAUUUGUAUUAAUUACCAAUUCCUCAUUUCUUGGUAAAAGAGGAAGUUUCUGAAAGCGAGAAAGAAUAAACAGUUUCAAAUAUUGAAGAACAAACGAAUGCAAGUGGAAUAGUGAGAGGGAAAGGAUAGUUAUGGUCUAAAGAUGAGGUGGAUAACUUAAUUAAAUACUAUAAAUAAUAUAAUGGUGAUUGGAAGAAGAUAAUAAAACACUUGAAAGGAAGAAAUAUUUCUUAGUGUUCAUAGAAAUAUAGGAAAUUAUAGGAUUAAGAAAAGAGAACAAAGAGGAAGUGGUCGAUAGAGGAAGAUAAGAUAUUGUUAAAAUGUUAUGAAUAAUAUGGAAGACAAUGGAUUAAGAUAGCUGAAAGUAAAAAGUUUAGUUACUAAAUAUAGAACUACCUGGAAGAACAUCAAAAUAAGUAAGAGAUCGAUAUGUGAAUUAAAUAAAUCCAACAUUAAACCAUGAUUAGUGGGAUGAAAAAGAAGAUGAGACAAUAAUAAAAGAAUUUGAAAUAAAUGGACCACAUUGGGCAUAGAUAGCUAAGAUGUUAAAUAAUAGAUCUGUAAUACUGAUAUUCAUAAUUAUUAGGAAAAUUAAGUUAAAAAUAGAUUUUAUUACACUAUACUUAAAAAGUAUAAUGGAGAGCUUCAUCCUUAUUUGAAAAUUUAACAUUGA